ACGCAACAAAACAAUGCCACGUGACUGAAACGGUGCGCAUUAAGCUAUUGCAUCGGAAGGGGUUUCCUAUAAAACCCUGCACGUGCCGUAGCAGUUGAGUUGAAGUCCAAGAGAAAGAACAGGGAAGAAGAUGGAGAAGAAUAACCAGAUCUGGAGCAGGAGCAUCGCUUUGGGAGCGUUCGCGUUUGCCUUGCUGUUCCUAUCGGUCUCAGCAGACGACGUCGUUGUGCUCUCUGAAGAGAACUUCGAGAAGGAGAUUGGUCAGGACAGAGGAGCUCUCGUGGAGUUCUACGCCCCUUGGUGUGGACACUGCAAAAAGCUUGCUCCAGAAUAUGAAAAGCUUGGUAGCAGCUUCAAGAAAGCUAAAUCCGUUUUAAUUGGCAAGGUUGACUGUGAUGAGCAAAAGAGUUUGUGCAGCAAAUAUGGAGUCACUGGGUACCCAACGAUUCAGUGGUUUCCUAAAGGAUCUCUGGAACCGAAAAAGUAUGAAGGGCCACGCACUGCAGAAUCACUUGCUGAGUUUGUCAAUACAGAAGGAGGAACAAAUGUGAAGAUUGCUACAGUUCCUUCCAAUGUAGUGGUGCUAACACCUGAAAAUUUUGAUGAGGUUGUCUUGGAUGAAACCAAAGAUGUCUUGGUUGAGUUUUAUGCACCAUGGUGUGGACAUUGCAAAAAUCUUGCUCCUACUUACGAGAAAGUCGCCACUGCAUUUAAAUUGGAGGAAGGUGUAGUUAUUGCAAAUCUGGAUGCUGAUAAAUAUAGGGAUCUUGCUGAGAAGUAUGAUGUGAGUGGAUUUCCCACCUUGAAGUUCUUCCCAAGGGGUAACAAAGCUGGUGAAGAGUAUGGAGGUGGAAGAGACUUGGAUGACUUUGUGGCUUUUAUCAAUGAGAAAUCUGGAACGAGUCGAGAUGGAAAAGGACAGCUUACUCCCAAAGCUGGUGUAGUAGAAAGUUUGGAUGUCUUGGUAAAGGAGUUUGUUGCUGCCAGUGAAGAAGAGAAGAAGGCUGUCUUUACCCGAAUGGAAGAGGAAAUCGAGAAGCUUAAGGGUUCUGCCUCAAGGUACGGGAAGAUUUACUUGAAAGCUGCCAAGAAUUCUAUGGAAAAAGGUUCUGAUUAUGCUAAGAAUGAAAUCCAGCGCCUACAGCGCAUACUUGACAAGUCUGUUAGCCCUGCGAAGGCCGACGAGUUAACUCUUAAGAAAAAUAUCUUGUCAACAUAUGCUGCUGCUUGAUUUAUUGGUGCCAUUGUUAAACAUAUCGUCUGGAAGCUAGCCAUGAUCCCCCGUAGAUCCUGCUCAUGACUGUUUCACUUUGAUAUUGGUAGAUUUUCAACAGUGCUUAAUUUGAGUCCGUAUUAAUUACCCUAUCUUGCAUGGCGAUUUUGGGGUAAAGAAGAUUACCAUGUUUUUCCCCCAUUGUAGUCUCUACUUGGGCGAUUUUGGGAAAGACGAUUACUUUUGCCAUAUGUUUCUUUCGUCGGCUGAUGAUGAUAGCUAUAAAUUUGUCACGUGACUUUAGUUGAAUUUAUUACAUGACACAAUUAUCUAUCAAUACUUGUUCUAAUUUGGUUUAUAUAAAAUGAUCACAAAUAUCUUAAAUAAAAUAGAUGAAAACCAAUAAAUGAAUUCAAAGAAAAAUUUUGAAGCCAGAGGACUGCAUGGAAUAUUUACUAGAGUGGUCAGG